AUGGCGACCUAUCGCGCCCAUACCAUGUCCUCGGAUGCUGGCAACAAUCGCCAUGCGUCGUACCCCGCAUACUUGAGCGCCCAGCUUGGAAGCAACCAUCAGCACGAUGUUCCGGGCUCCCAUGGACAGCAUGUCGGAGCCCAUUCCGAUGCUGCCCUUGGUGCCGUGAUGAGUCAAUUCAGCACUCUGGCUCUCCCCCCGGCCCCCGGCACGCAGCUUCAGGCUCAUCACGCCUACUGUGCUGGUCAAGAGCAGCCCGUCGCCUACCAGGGCUACUCGAUGCCUUUGCACGUCGGAAUGGCGCCCGAUGCCGCCUACUCUUUUGGAGUCUCCGGGCAGUAUCCUGUUCAGAGCGGCUUCGCGCCCUUGCCUGUCCCCUACCACACCAUGCCUUACACUCCUGGUCGAGUGGCGUCCUUUGCCGAACGCAGCAGUGAGGUACCCGGUCUGGAGAAUCGUCGCGGGUCCUACUCUACCACUGAGUCCACACCUGCUACGCCUUUCUUUGGCAGUGCCUCGGAGCGCGGCAGUGCGUCGAGAGUUGCCGUCUUCCGGUCGAGCUACACAACUCCUUCUCCGGAGCAGAUUGUGGCUCCCAAGGCGCCCCAACCCAUCGAUGAGGAUCUCCUCGCGCUUCUCAAACAGGACCCUCCCAUCCCCGAGGCUGUUCCGGCUGUUUUCACCCCCCCCAGCCACACCAAGUCCCUUGAGCAGUGCCUGGAGAAUAGAAUUCAUGGAAACCGCAACGUCUACAUCCGCGGUCUCCAUCCCACCACCGAUGAUGAGCUUUUGCUCCGGUAUGCGUCCCGGUUCGGUAAGGUCGAGCAGAGCAAGGCCAUUAUUGACACCUCGACGGGCGCUUGCAAAGGGUUCGGAUUCGCCAAGUUUGCUGAUGUGCGCGACUCCGAGAAGUGCAUCCGAGGCUUCUACCAUCUUGGCUAUGAGGUCGGCUUUGCUCGGGAGAGUUUCAAUGCCAGACUCAAAGCUGAGGGUGAUGAGACCUCGACAAAUCUGUACCUGUCGAACCUCCCCAAGCGCCUCAAUGAAUCGGAGUUGAAUGCCAUUUUCGCUGGUUACCAUGUCGUCUCCAGCAAGAUCCUCCGUGACAGCAUGGGCAACAGCCGUGGCGUCGGCUUUGCUCGUUUCGAGACUCGUGAAGAGUGCGAGGACAUAAUCAAGAAGUACCACGGUGCUUCCAUCGGCGAAGAAGGGAUGUUGAUGCAGGUUCGGUAUGCGGACACACCGGCCCAGAAGGAGCUGAAGCGGAUCACCGCCGAGCGUCGGCAGUUCCGCACGAACGAGUACAAUAUCGGAGCUUAUGGCACGGCAGACGUUGGCAUCCAUCCCAGCAUCUACAGCCCUGCUCCGUGGAAUCGCCGAGGUGGCAUGGGCGCUGAUACCCUCUUUGCACCUCGCGUCCCUUCGAUCCGUGCCAGCAUUGGCGGCAGCGCGAGCGUGGGCUCCUUGAUGGGUCAGAGUGUGGGACACACCCCCAAGCAGAGUAUCUCGGUGCCCGGCACGGUGUCCUCUGAUGACGGCCUGGGUGGUGACAACGCGACCGUCGUCGACUCCCCGACGGCGAGGAAGGGCAGUACCCAGUCAUCGCCCACCGUGAAGAAGGAGAAGGCUUAG